UCUACAGGUGAUGUAUCGCCAAUCAGUAUGUCUCCCAUCAGUCAAUCACAAUUUAUUCCACUUGGAGAAAUCCUUUGCUUGGCCAUCUCAUCAAUGAACUCAGCACGAAAACAAGUCACACAAGAAGCACUAAUGGAGCACCUAACAACCUGCUUUCCUGGUGUUCCAACUCCAAGUCCUGAAAUCCUUCGUCAUACCUUAAACAUGCUUGUACGAGAAAGAAAAAUAUACCCCACUCCAGAUGGUUACUUUAUUGUGACCCCACAGACUUAUUUUAUAACACCUUCCCUCAUAAGAACUAACAGUAAAUGGUACCAUCUGGACGAGAGGAUACCUGACAGGUCUCAGUGUACCUCUCCACAGCAAGGAACUAUAACUCCUUCCACCUCGGGUUGUGUCAGAGAUCGAACGCUACCUAAAAACCACUGCGACUCUUGCCAUUGUUGCAGAGAAGACAUGCAUAGCAUGCAUGCAUCCACUCUACAAAGGAAGUCAACAAAAGACUGCAAGGACUCUUAUUGCCCCCCCUCUCUUUGCCAGAUGCCACCCACUGAAAAAAGUAAAAGUACUGUAAAUUUUUCUUACAAAACGGAGACGCUUUCAAAGCCUAAAGAUGGAGAAAAGCAGUCUAAAAAGUUUGGGUUAAAAUUGUUUCGACUGAGUUUCAAAAAAGAUAAGACAAAACAGCUGGCCAAUUUUUCUGCCCAAUUUCCUCCUGAGGAAUGGCCUUUACGGGAUGAAGAUACUCCUACCACUAUACCUCGGGAGGUAGAAAUGGAAAUUAUUAGGCGUAUCAAUCCUGAUCUGACUGUGGAAAAUGUCAUGAGGCACACUGCACUAAUGAAGAAGCUUGAAGAAGAAAAAGCUCAAAGGAGCAAGGCUGGAUCAUCAGCUCACCAUAGCGGGAGAAGCAAAAAGAGUAGAAGUCAUAGAAAAUCUCAUGGAAAAUCUCGGUCACACAGCAAAACUCGAGUCUCUAAAGGAGAUCCUUCAGAGGGUUCUCAUUUGGAAGUGCCAGGUGAAAGGGAAUAUGAUUUCUAUGAUCCUCUCAUGAGGUCCCCAAGGGAAGGCUGCUACAUAAUAGAACACAAAAGGGACAACUUUAUCAUGCACAGCAGUCCUAAUGUUCUUGAGUCUCAUUUUCCUAUGACACCUGAAUGGGAUGUAUCUGGUGAACUGGCCAAAAGGAGAACAGAAAUGCCUUUUCCUGAACCUUCAAGAGGAAGCUCCCAUUCUAAGGUCCAUCGAAGCCACAGCCACACACAGGACCGGAGAUCAAGAAAUGAGAGGUCUAAUAAAGCCAAGGAAAGAUCUCGAUCAAUGGAUAACUCAAAAGGACCUCUGGGUGCUGUUUCAUUAGGUACUCCUGAAGACAUAGCUGAAGCUUGUAGCCAAGAUGACCAAACAACCAGUCAGACAUAUAUAGAUGAUAGCACCUUAAGGCCUUCACAAUCACUUAGUCAUCAAAGGGCUAUUAUGUCAUCUGUAAACUACAAAGAGGUAAUUAAACCUGAAAAGACUGCUGGCAGUGCAGAAACUCCUACUUCCUGUACCUUGUUGGAACAAAGCAAACCAACCGAGAACAUACCACCUUAUAAUGAGCUCAACUCUUGUACAACAAAAUCAGCCAUUGAUGAUUAUUUUCAGUGUAAUACUUCUAGUGAAACUGUUCUCACAGCUCCUUCACCUUUAGGAAAAAAUAAAGAUGAAAAUGACCCAGUGACUUUGACAGAUAGUAUGAAAAAAGUCUCUCCCUCAGAAAGACAGUCACAGCACUUAGCUAGAGAUCCAGGAGUCCACAGAGAGGAGUCGCCUAAAGGGCCAAGCAACAGUAGUGGGCCAAUUGCUGCAAGUCAGACAGCUGAAGUAAUUACAAAUGGCCGACUAGCUCAACAUCACAGUACAGAGACCAGUAGCCUUGAUAAGAGGAAAGAAAUAUUUAGUAAAGACACACUUUUUAAGCCUCUCCACAGUACUCUGUCUGUCAACAGUUUUCACAAACCUAAUGUGCCACUCUUAAAACCUCAUCAAAAGGCACCUUCUGAAACAUUGCCAAGCAGAUGUGAUAAACUCGAACAAGCUAUGGUCACCUCAGUCACACAAGUCAUACCGAUUUCACAGAGACAGCAAGAGACAGCUGGGAACCAAGAAGCAGCCUUUGAUUAUUACAAUGUCUCUGAUGAUGAUGACUCUGAGGAAGGGACCAAUAAGAACACAGAGGAAGAGAAGAAUCGGGAUGAUGUGGGCACUAUGCAGUGGCUUCUUGAGCGAGAGAAGGAAAGAGACUUGCAAAGGAAGUUUGAAAAGAAUCUCACUCUCCUUGCUCCAAAGGAAACUGAAAACAGCAACAGCCAGAGAGCCACACAUUCAGCGAGGCUGGACAGCAUGGACAGCAGUAGCAUCACAGUUGAUAGUGGAUUCAAUUCUCCACGUACCCGUGAGAGCUUAGCUUCCAACACUUCGAGCAUUGUUGAAAGCAACCGACGCCAAAAUCCAGCUCUCAGUCCUGCGCAUGGUGGUGUAGGUCCAGUGUUCAGCUUCCGAGCAACUGCUGACCCUCCAGCAAGUGAAACUGAAAAACUGCAGAAACCCGCUAAUUGCUUGCAAGCUUCUGUUACAAGUGUUUGAUAGUGCUUCUGCCACACAUCUUCUGUCUCAUCGUAUACAUCAAAGUUUACGACACUGAGAUUGAUGUUUACGUGUUUGGAGGGAAAAAAUAAACCAGGCAUCUUAACUGCAUAGUUUUUGCGUCAACUUAAACUGUGCUGCUAGAUAGGCUAGGGGCAACAAAGAAAUCUUUAUUUCAAGGCAUUGCUUUUCACAUUUUGCGGCUCUGUAGCAACAGAAUAGGGACAAUAUGUACACUUUUGCUUCACUUAUUUGUAACUGAGCACAUAUAUGAAAGUCUAGACACUGUAAGUGUAAUCUGCAUUUUCAAUGUCAUGCAGUUGCCAACUUCAUUUAAAAAUGCCACAGAUAUGUGAUGCCCCCACCACUGAUUAAACUGUUUACCACAGAUGUGAUUUUUUUCCUUUAUAAACUGAGCCUUCAUUGAAAGUAAACAGCUAAGGGUCACCUUGAAGGCAAACAAUGCCAAACAAGAUUAGGAAAGACCUCAGCUCUACCUGUGAAUUAUUUAUAUAUCUGUCAUUUUCACUGUGAGUCUUCAUGACACGAUCUUGCAAGAAAUCAUAGCAAAAGUAAGUUAAAAGAGGUCAUAUUUUAAAAAUGUGGGAAGAGGUAGGAGCUAAUGGAGAAGUUACCUAUUUUUAUGUUAUUUGAGUUCUUUAAAGUAAAAAGUAGAUAUUUGCCUAAAUCUUGUUUCUUAAUUUUACAUAUUUGCAAGGAGGGGUAUAAUACUUGUAAUUGAUGGUGAGUAAAGAGAAAAACUAACUUUGACUGGGACACGUCACUAAGUGAUAGAAGAGGUAGCGAACAUAGCAAAUAUUAAAUAGCAAAUAAAGUUAAGCAAUCACUUUAAUGUGUCACCCCAGUUGUUACCCCCCCCCAAAUAUUACUAAUAUUGAAAGAAUUUGAACAAUUAUUAAAAAAAGUUCUUUGUAAUACAAAUAAUAGUGGCCUGAAGAGUUGAUUUCUUUCUAUGGAAGGACAUAUUAUAUUUCUAUUUUAUGUAGAUUUUAGAGUGCCUAAAUUAGGCUAUUGAAACAAGCAUACAUUGUAGAAAACAGAUAUAGAGACUAAUAAACUUCAGGCUUUUUAUUGAAUUAUAUUUCUUUGUAAGUAAACAUUUUAUGGAAAUACUUAGUUUAAAAACAAUCAUAGGAAUUGAAAUUAAACCUGUCUAGAAGGAUUGUUGAUAUGGAGAGAGAUCACUUGCCUGAUAUGAGAGGUGAUAAAAAGACUCAUUGAUGCAUACAAAGCUUAGUUAAGUUUUUCAUCAUCAAAAGCUAGGUCAAUAAAAUACAUUAUUUUACCUCUCUUAUGAAGCUCACAAAGUUAAUAGCAGAAGUUCUGUAUGCAUUGAUUUAUUAUAAUGUAUAUGUCCUGCAACGGCUAAUCCAAAGUAAUUUAUUUUUGAAAAAAAAGUAUACUAAAUUAAUGGUUAGAGAGGUUUACAAUUUCAGAAGUAAACUUGAAUAGUAUAAAGGGCCAAAUUCUGCUUCAGUAGUUUAUGCAAUCCCAUAUUGUGGAGAAUUAGUUUUUCAAACAAUCAUAAUUGUGGUACAAAUUAAAGUAUGAAAUACAGCAAGAAAGAUCAAGAGCAGUGUAAAUUGUUGUGCACAUUGACAUUUACACUAUCUGUCUUUUGAUGAUCUUCAGGUGAUAAUGAUCAAAUAUACCAUUAAAGGCAGUAUUUCAUCAGCUACUGGUGACAAUAUUUAUAACUUUUCAAGCUUCACUUGUGUUCUGUGUUGUCUUCUGAAGGUGCACUUUGAAACUGGUUUUGAACAGCUUGCAGGUGCUUCUUGAAAUAGCUUUAUAAAUCUUAGACUUAAUUGAUUUCAGUUUACAUUUUGAUAAAUUAUUCCAUUGUAAAUCCAGGGGCUUUGGAACAUAUUGAAAGACUUAGAAGUACAUUUUGGAUUUCUGAACAAUCAGGAGCAGCUUUCUUCCCUUCAGUGUUGGGAAGUGUUCCACCAUGUUCAUUGAGCCUUUUCAGUCUUGUGACCAUUUUGAGUUGCAACCAUUCUACACUUAGAACAAGCAGUAAAGGAUAACUAGGUAUUUUAUUUAUUAUCAUGUGUAAGUUCUGUUUCCUACAAACAGAAAGAUAGAACUCACUGUGCGUAAUGAAGAUUAUUAUGCUGCUUGAUUGUUUUCUUGGCCUUCUGCCCUCUAAAUUUGAAGCUAUGUUAUAAUAACCCAGUAAGGCAUUGCCUGACAGAACUUUUUGCUGACACAUGUAACACUAGCAGUAUUUAAUACAUGCAGAUUCCAGAUAGGUUUUGAGGAAGAAAUUGUUAUCACAGUAGUUACAAUUAUUUAAAACUUGAAACAUGCUCUGAUAUUAUCAUAUGUAUCAGUUCACCAAGUAAGAAUCGUAGAAACGGAUUGCAUAAUUUAUGGUCAAAAGCAAAAAUUGAAAUGCGGUAUUAAAAUGGGGAAGAUAUUACCACAUAUGGGAAACAAUACUUUUUUCAUCAAUGAGAAUUACUGAAAUUGAUACCUGUAGCAGUUAUGCAAAAUAAAUCAUUCCACUGUUAUAUUUACAAAUUAUCUCAGUUGAUAUUUAAAGGUUCCCAAAGAAGAGCUUUAAAAAGGUCCUGGCUAUGUUGGCAUGAUUAUUGGCCAAUAGUAUGUUUAUGACUUUUUAUUAGCAUUAAUGUUACUCUUGCAACAUGUAAUAUAAACGGAAGUUACAAAAAGAAAUGUUCUUAUUGUGCAUUAUUUUUUAAGGAAAGCCCAUCUUGAGAUUAUAGAUACAUACCCACAGGAGUGGAGCUUGAGUGUUAAGUGUUGAGUGACAAACUGUUAUCCUGUGAUAAAAUUACAAUGACCUUGUAUUACAUGGUUGAUAAUUGAUUAUCCUCCUUUAGUACAUCAGCUGAAAGGUUUACAAAACCAGAAUGCAUUGAAUUUCUAUGUUGUGACUUUAAAGGGUCAACACAAAUCUGUCGGCAUUUUGCACACUGAAUAUGUAUUAUUAUAAUACAACAUAUUACUUUUAUGGUAAAAAAAUUUUUUUACACAUAUAACUACCUCCAUGAAUUUGAUGAAAUGCAGCAACAUUUUUAAAAAGGUAAUGUUAAGAGCAGCAUUUAAAACUUUAUGAAGAAAAAAAGGCCAUGAUGUUCUCUCGUGUGUCGGUGCUUGUGUAUGAAGUCAUUUUUCAUUGCCAUGAUUUCCUGUUACUGUGUUAAAUUGGCUUUUGACUUUAGUAGUACAAGAUUUUAUAAAAAGUUGUAGAAUCUUUUAGAUAAACAAAGGGAGGAUCAAAAUUGUCCUUUGUAUUUCCAUUUCUGUUGAAAUGUCAACCUGAUAGAAAGUCAAGUGUUGCUGGUAAUUUAGAAGCCUGUUAAUAGAUACAGUAUAUGGAAUAUGACUGGCAGUUUAGGGCUUAACAGGAGUCACGCCGGCUAUUUUAACUGCCUCCGUUGGACCACUUUGGGCCCUAUUCUGCCCCAUUUGUGGGGAGAUAGCAUGCCAGAACUUAACUUACGUCCUUGUAUUUGUUGCCUACAAAUGGCCCAUUGGUGUGAUAAAAUUCUUGUUUUUUGGUCUUAGGCAUCUUGGGGGUUAAAUGUUAAAAGUUGAGUCCUUUUCACAAUGAAAUAAAUAGUCUGAUGUCCUGACAUUAGUGACAUCAGGAAUGUAGCCACAAAAUAAGAUGAAACCACUGAUUUUCAUUUUAAGAUAAUCAGGUUGUUUGCUGUUUUUUCUUUAAUGAGGAGCAGUUAAGAAGUACAGAAAAAAAUCUCAAAGAUGGAGGAUCAAGAGGCAUUUAAAUGAUAGCUGCCUUACAACAACUGUAUUGUUUCUGAUGUGCUAGACAUACAUAUUGGAUUUUUCCGUUCAAUACAGGAUUUUAAAAAGAUAAUUGGAGGAGCAUAUUUUCAGAAUAUUUUAAGUGGUUAAAAUAAUACUGGAUUUAUUAUAUUCAUGGCCAUGGACACGGGGUGCCUGAAAAAUACUGUAAUCAUACAGCAAAGUUAUCCAAAUUCUGCACCCGGAAGAGCCAUCUUUUGCAAUCUGAAUACAAGGUUGCUCCUGUGCUCUGCUGUUAGCCCAAGAGGAGAACUACAGCUAGGCCCUUCCCAAUGACAAUCCAAUGCAGAGCCAUCCUGAAAUCAAGAGGGAACUCCAGGUGUGUGCUUUCAUGGAAAUGCAGAGGCUGCCCAUUCCCAAGGCAGUCUUAGAAUUCAUGCUGUGUGGUGCAGUCAUGAACACAGCAACAACAGUCACCCCUGAAUAUAAUAACCAGAUAAAUAUAAAGGUUGUGUGAUUAAACAGCAUUCUUACUCUCAGUAAAUCACCAGCAUCAGCUGUCAAUCGGAAGUGGCAGCUACUUCUAUUUUGGGGGGUAGUGAAUGAUUGUAAUAAGAAGAGCAGGUCAUGAAGUAGUGGUGAUGGGUUGCACUGAUCCUGUGCCUUGACUUCACAGAGUCAACCAACAAGUGGGGAAACUCCACUGAAACACGAGGACUUGCUUUUAAGCAAGUGUUCUUAGGUUCCCAAAUCUAUCAAGUAAGGGUGCUGUCAUCUGACUUGGGUUUAUUGUGCUUCAGGGCAUCUUUGCCUGCCUGCUUAUAAUUAAUACUAAUUUAAUCUUUAAAACAAAAAUCAGUGUUAAUACAGCAGCAUUCAUUUAAAGUUAUCGAAGAAAAACUAUUACAAAACCUUGCACUAGCUCUUACCAGAGUGCCAAAAUGUUUCCCUUCCAGCAGCACAGCCAUUCCCAUUGACAAAAAAGAACAAAAAUUAAUACAAGCAAGGAACAUAGUUUAAAUACGUUUUAAUGCGGGACUUUCCCUAAUAGGAAGUUGCCAGGUUCAGUAAUGUAGAGUUUGCUGCCAUUUAUACUUCUUUCUGCUCCUCCAGAAGUAUUAUUAAAUAGAAAGGCUUCCAGUGCUUUUUGUGAACCGCCUUUUGAAAAAGAAAAGAAAAUCCCUUUCAGUCCUAAGCAUGCAGAUAAUUGUGUUUUUUUUUUCCAAAGUCUUUGGCACUUCCAAAACAUCCAGUCCUUUUCUGCCCUUUUGAGAAUUUAGACAUUCUUGGAUUGCUUACCAAGAGUUGUUCACAGCCUCUUUGAAAGCACACACGAACCAGCUGCUGGAUAGUUUUUUUUCUCCUUACAGCUGGCAUUUUAAGCCUUUCUCUGCUGCAGAUUUAUAUACGAGGUGCUAUCACUGGGUUUGGGAUCAAAGAAAGGCUAGUAAGAUAUCUUGUGAUAUUGUUACAUGCUGUCAUUCCAAAUCUGCUUUCAUUUUCAUUGGUGCAAAUCACGUUUAAUUGAAAUGAUAGAAUAUACAUGGACUUUGUGUUUUUAAAAUUGCUUGAAUAUUUGUGUUUGUUUUAAAGAUACCAUUACUGGAAUAGAACCAUUAAUGUCAUAACGGUUUCAGGUCAGCUCAAGUAAAUGAAUGCAUAGAAAUGUUUGUAUGAUGUGCAUUCAGUAAAUUGUAAGACAGAUGUGGAAGAGGGGGUUAGAUAAUGUGUGGAACUAAGUAUAUCGUACAACAGUCUUGCUCAGAGUAUGGCAGUCUUCCUUGGAUCCGCAGAGACAGAGAGCUUAAACAUCAGGUGAUGAUUAAGAAAGCUGCUGACCCCCAAUUUUGGUGCAGGUAGAGAUGGAAAAGGACCCGCUGUAUAGCAUGACGGCAAAAUCAGCAGGGCACCAAUGGUGAUGCAAUCUUCUGUAAGCCGCCUAUGGAUAAGACAAAAUAUGUUGCCUCUUCUAACAUCAUGUGACUGAAGCAAAGGCCACACUCAACACUUCAGAGAAGUGCAAUGUACUACUAGCUUAUGUAGCAGUAUAGAACAGUAGAUGGCUCCUAUAUGGUGGACAGGGAUAGUUUGAGUAGAGUCAUUGGGAUUUACUUUUAUUGGGGGAAUACACGAGCCAUUGUAUUUCAUAAUUUGGGCCUGCCAAGCUCCUAUCAUGCCAAGUAUAUGAUACACAACACUUCAUAAACUCACCAGAGUGCCUCCGCUUUGAGUUCUGGAUCAUAAAAGGUAUUCUAGACAAAUUGCUCUUCUCUCUGUGAGAAACUUACCCACACGCACCCCUUGAUACUAGUUGAUAAUCAUCUGUAACAGUACUCUGAUUUUUACAAUGCUGUUAAAAUGGAUAUACAUCAAACGCCUGCCUGUGAGCAUGAAAGAUCUCAAUAGGGCCCAAUGAGUAACUUCUGUGUCAUCAAGAAACUUUCCAUUUAAGGGUUCAUAAUUCUGCAGGUAACCUCCUGUGAGUGACUGAAUGUGACUGUUGCAUUAGGUUUAAAUGAGUAAAUACAUGCAAGUGGGACUUACUGUAUGCUAGAAGGGAGUUUGCAACCAAGACAGCCUUGUAUAAAUGUGUUUGCACUGAAAAAGAAAUAUUAAAAUUACUUGGUCUCUGGUUGCUGUAAAGGUCAUCCAAGCUGGAUGUUCUGUUUAUAUUGUACAGUAUUUCAUAUGAAAUAAUUACAGUUCAUGAAAUGUCUUCCCUUAACGUUACUGAUUUAUAACAGCACAUUUGUGACAUGGUUUUUAUUGUGUCAGUGUACCAUAUUGUAAAUGAUGAUAACUUGUCAUGCUUAGUAAAAUAACUUAAAAAAAAAAAGGACAGGGAUUUUUGUAAGUCUAUAUUUGAAAGUCCCUUCAUAUGGUAAUAUUGUGUUCAUGUUGUUUAUGUAGUGUUGUGUGAAAUAUCCAUUUUGGAUUGUGUUACUUUUUAAAAUAUUAAAUAACAUUUGGUUA